GCGCUGCAGCAGCACCUUACUGAGCACGACUUCAUCCGUGAUUUCUGGGGCGAGGAGGACGCGGCGCCCCCCGAGCGUUCGGCUGCUACCCGGGCGGCGCCUGGGCCGAUCGUCACGGAGGCGCAGAUCGAGGAGUUCGAAGAUGAGGCCACCCCUGUGUGCUGUGCACCCAGGACGUCGGGGGCGUUGGCCGAUGAUUCCGAGGAGGGCCUAAGGCAGCGCGUGGAGAGGCUCGAGCGGCUCCUGAAGGAGCACCUGGCCUCUUCCACCCCUUGGGAUAUCGACCGACAGCCUGAGUCGCCUCCCAAGGAGAGAGAGGCAGACGCGGACCCGAACAAGAUACGGCUCUCUGGGGUGAGCAAGGCGAACGAGGAGGAGGAGGAGUUUGGGGGGAACAAGAUCCGCCUGUCGGGGGCGAGCAAGACGAAGAUAGAGGUGGAGCAAGACUUGCCUCCCCUCCCCCAGCGGGACACCUUCGGCCCGGUCGUCCCGCGCACGGGGCUGAGCCUCUCUGCGUCGGGCUUGGAGGGCCAGGACGAACGUUCCCAAAGAGGCGGGCUUGCUGGCGUGAUGGAUGCUUCCUGGGGCCUGGCCCAGCGGUGGAUGCACAGGAGGAGCACCAGUGCCAACAGCGCCCCUCCCGCCAGCAUCACGCACGUGGACCAUGCAUUGCAAGAAUCCUCCUGGGACGCGCUCCUGCUGCUGGGCUUAUCGGACAUCGGCAGCAUGGGAUCCCUGAUGGUUGCUUUUGGCGUCUUCGCGGCCGCGUUCCUGCAGCUGCUGUUUUGCUGGCUGGUGUCCAGCAACCUCCUGUCUGACGACGACAAGUACGACUUGACGUACUUGAGGGAGUGGCGCAUUUACUACGGCCACAGCAUCCACUCCUACGACCACACCUCGGGUUCUUCCUUGGUGAGCAAGGUGUGCAAAGGACGGCCUUUCGAACGGGAGUGGUGGAACAACGCUCUUCUCAGCGAGGUCGAUGCCUACUUGCAGCCGGUGUUUCCAGGUUCCUAUCAGCUGCCAGUGGGCGUGGUGCUCACCAGCAUGGCGAUCAUCAUCUGGUUCUGCUUCAUCCUCGUGGAGUUGGACACCGUCUGCGGCUUCACACAUGCUAUCCUCUGUCUUCCGCGCACCGGCACCACAAAAGUCGAGUUUACAGAGUUUGGUCGCCGGAUGUUUGUUAGCAUCAGCUACAAGCGGCUGAUCGUUUUGUGCUUCGUCUCCUUCAUGCGUGCCUUCAUCGCCGUGGCCCUGGGCGUCUCUGCCGGCUUGUGGCUGGCACGGACCAGGGACGUGAUGAACAUCCUGCGAGACGGGGUUUCGCUCAUCUUCAUCCUGGAGAUUGAUGACUUGAUCUACAAGGUGCUGGUGCCGGCACAUGCGAAGAAGUACAUGGCUUCUAUACAGAAGUUCCUGGUGAAGGAGGAGCAGCAGAUGUACAUUUUCAACCUCUCUAGCCUCCUAAAGCUGGUGGUGCUGACUGCAGUGAUUCUAAUCCUCAUCACCACAACGCUGCUGCCGAACACAAGACAAGCAGAAAGUGUGCGAGAGAUGAUCUGCGGUGGAAACCGCGACUUCGUUUAUGGCUCCCACCCGACGAUCGGUCCGAUCUUUGUGACCGACACCACAGAGUACGACCUGAAGAAUGCGGAGAACAUGUUACCAGGCAUUGCAAACUUGGUGGAGGACGUCGUCUUCAACUACGACCCCAAGGAGGUGAAGGACUUUAUGUGGCGCAGCACGCUGUCCCGUGGCGAAUUGGCGGUGAAGCACCUUCCCACUGUCACUGAAAUGCAGGUGUGGCUGGACAUGCCGGAGAGCCAAGCCUCUGAGGAGACGGAUUUUGGCAGCCGAAGUUAUGGGACUUUCUGUGAGGACAGGUCGCGAGACUUUUGGGAAGGUGACUGGCUGUGGCCCACCAUCGAGACCCUGACUGGGGCGACCGACUGUGCCAGUGCCAAGCCUUUCUGUGAACGCCGGGACUUGCCUCUGGUUCGCAUGACCUGCCCGCAGACGUGUGGCUGCGUGGAUCCAUUGGCCGGGCUUUACGUGGACAACGGCUGUCGGCAGCUCUGCAUGGAAACGGACGCCUUCCAAGCGGCGCUGGGAGACGCGGUUUGCCAGGACCUUGCGCACGAGGAGCAUGAGCUGGCGUGGCAGAGGUGGUGGAGCGGUUUCUACUCCAACGAGCGCGGCGUCUGGAGCGAGGAGAACGAAAUGAUGACCUUCGCCCGGGAGGGUGCGGUCGGGAACUGCAGCUUCCUGCUAUCCCAGGAGUGGAUGGCUCGGACAUUUUGCCAGCACCGCCAGAAUCGCCCGGGCUCCUUAAUCUGCCCCGAGGCUUGUGGAUGUGCUGGAUCCAGCACGGACCUUCUUUGGUGUCCGACUUCCUGUACGAACUCGAACCUCGUGACCGGCGACCGGUGA